AUGCCGCCGAGACACCGUCGACAGUCCGCGGGUCAAUCGCCUGAUAGGCGUGUCGAGUUUAAAGAAACACUGAUCUCCGGCCCGAGCGGUAGCUAUCUACAGCCAAAUCUGGACAGUGCUAGCGAAGCCUCCGAGUCGGAUCUCAUCAGCGAAAUCGAGUCCAUGGAUCUGGAUGAGCAGCAACUGCAAAGUGACCUCAUUGAAACCGUCCACCAUCUUAAUGAAGAUCCGGACAAAGAUGAUACGCCGGAAAUCGCAAGUGAAUUUUGGGAUUCGCUAAAGCCAGGCGUUUCGUCAGUUAGGUCGGCCACCCCAUUUCGCAAGUUAACUUGCGCGAAGAAGGACUAUCGAGUUUGCAAGGCCUUGAACUUUUUGGUGGAUGAGAUCGUUCAGUUCGCCAGGGACACUGCCGGCACGGUUGAUGAAUACUUCAUGGAUGAUCUGAUCAACAACRAGGACAACAAAGUGCUCAUUCGAUACAUUGGGUGUAUCGCUCAAGGCGGACCACAAGGAGAGGCCGGCUGGGAGGAGCUGCUGACUGAUGAAACGUGCAGAGAGGCACUCGUGAUCGGUAUCAUUGCGCGAGCCCUGGAGGAGCACGUCUUUUCUGAGCUCCUCUUUGGAGGGGAUACCGCUUUGACCGAGAGACUGAAAUCAUUGGAGCAAGAACAAAUUGAUGACGAAGGAUUCUCACGCACAGAGUCUCGAGCGGCAGCCAUCACUGCGGCUAAGCCAGAUGUAAAAUUGCCAAGCUUCGAAAAGGCAGUGACGGAUAUUGCCAGCAAGCUAUUGAAAGUGCUGGGUACAUUCUGCCCAGAGGUAGAUUUGGCGACCGGUUUGGGCUUGAUUGUCGCUCACGCUGCGAAGCUCAGCCGGAUGCUGCGUACAGCUUCAGACGUUGUCUACUACUGGCCACCGACYUUCAAGGRCGAGGAGUUCGAGCCUGGCCGCAUGGAGGCUUACAAUCUCGCCGACAUGAUUGCAGGAAGCCCUUAUGAUAGGAAGAUUGUGAACGGCCACGAACGUGCGAUUCUGAAGCCGGGCAUGGAGGGCCAGAGCGAGGCUAUUGUCCGUGUGGUAUGCUUCCCUGGACUUGUUGCCUAUCGUCAGUUUGGCGGCGAGCUCGCAAAGAAGGAGAUUGAGGCGGAGAAGCGGGGCAUGCCAGUUCCUGACGACGUGCAGGCUCACCGUCGUCGUGCAGGUGAGAAGMCGUUGUCAACUGAUCAGGGCAUUCGCUCCAGGGUCAUUCGGAAAAGUCUGGUGCUUCUCCAGUGGGGAAAGCAGAGGCUGCUCACCAAGGAGGCCGGCACAUCCACGCACAUCGAUGCUGUGAGAGAUGGCAAGAUGGGCAAGUAUGAGAAGGACUACGAGAACUUCGUAGAGCUGUAUAGUCUGGCGGAGUCGCUGUGGCCGGAACACUGA